AUGUCUAAGCCAAAGCCACAACUUCCUCUAGGUAGCUCCUCGAUACUGCGAGGGUUUGCCGAGAGCUUUUCUUUUCACAACUCGCCGGAGUCAUUCAUCACAUCGCGCAUCCUCGCCUUCCAGAAAGAACACCCAGAAGCUGUGGAGAAUCGGGCAAUAGUUCGAGCGAAAGUUCUGAAUCGCAAUGUCGCUAUUGUUUCUUCAUAUGCGCAGAUCCAUCAAGUUCUCGCCCAGGAUGCGGCAGGAUAUGAAGCCUGUGGCGCGUACUCUGAGCUGAUGGCACCAUUCUUUCCGUCACCGAAUUUGUUACUGACAGAUGGCGAAAAACAUGCUUCCAUGCGUCAGACAUGGGAAGCAAGAAUGAAGGAUUUGAGAGAGAUGCUCCGUUCUGUAGUGGGUUUGCACACUGAUGAGCAUUUCUCUGAACCUUCAAUAUCAGAAAUCGACAUGUACGAGUCCUUGAAAACGCUUUCGUGGAAGAUAUUGCUUGGAACAUUUCUGGACCUCGGCAGCAACAGCAGUUUGUUUGAUGCUAUAGAGAGUUUGCAGGAAGACUUACUUCGAGGCCAGUUCUCGUUGUUCCCGGUGACCGUCAACACAGGCUUUUGGCAUUCACCUCGAAAGAAGGGCAAAGAGGCGAACAGAAAGCUGCAAGCAAGGAUCUCGCAGCAUCUGAAGGAGAAAAUAAGUGCGUGCCCAUUUGCUACUGCAGAUGACAGCGAGUUGGAGGAUGUAGCAAAGCACUCUGUCCUUUUCACGAGCAGCCUUGCAGUCAAAGCACUGGCGUCUCUCUUGACAGCUUUGCUGUUGAACCUGUUCCUGUACCAAACAAAUGAUGGCCAAUCGCUAGCAGAGUCUUUGGCUAGUGGAGGUGAUCCUGACAGAACUUCGCUACGCUUACGCGCCAUACUCAUGGAAACAGAGCGGCUUAGCCCACCAAUUGUAGGCAUCAUGAGACGGUCCACAAGAGAUAAUAUCAUCUCAUCACCAGGAGAUCAGGCUGACAUUAAGAUACCAAAAGGAUGGGACUGCUGGCUCUACUUCGUAGGCAGUGGCCGUGAUCCGACGGCUUAUGGAUCGUCUUGGGAUGUGUUCGACGCGAACCGAUAUCUGGACGAGAGUGUACCGCCCGGUGUAGCUUUCGGGGCGGGUCCAAAGACAUGUUUGGGUCGCGACGCGAUUCGCGAGAUUGCUCUGGUUGUAGCAGAGACCUUUGUGCGUCUCGGAAUCGGUAUACAUGGCAAUGUUGCAUCGCGCGGGGUGCGCGGUUGGCUGGGGUGGGAGCCGAACGAUUCGGUGAGGCUAGAGGAUUGGGCUCAGCAUAUGAAGCAGUUGCCCACGCAAAGACCAUCGGAGCCUAUCAUGGUUCGUGUAUCGCGUAGUUCUACAUGA